AUACACAAAUUUGGAGUGCUUCUCUGUAAAGAUGUCCAUAAGCUUUCCGAGCUUCUGCUGCGUCCGGAGGUCGAGUCCGGCGAAGAUGGCGUUAAGGUUCUCCUACAUCACCCCCUCGCAACUGAUCUCUUUGCGCCGGAGUGCGAAAGUGGCGAUCGUCGACGUCCGAGAUGAGGAGAGGAGCUACGACGCCCACAUCGCUGGUUCUCAUCAUUAUGCCAGUGAUAGCUUCCAGGAGAGGCUACCGUAUCUUUUGGGAGCUGUCCAGGGGAAUGACGCCGUCGUUUUCCACUGCGCACUGAGCCAGGUUUGUCCGACUAUUUAGGUUUUGAUGUAAAUCGUUUAUCUGAAUCAUUAGGUUAUCCUAGUUACU